ACCCAAUGUGAUAGUUUUCCCUCCUGGCCGACCAGGUCACUACACACGUAAUAUCGAAACGAAUGUAACAUGUGUUACAACCUGCUGGAAUGCGUUAUAACAUCUCGUUAGCGUUAGCUUUUGUUACCACUGGCAUCAUCGAAACUUCUAGAAACGUUUGACGUUUAGCGGUGCAGGGAGCAAACCCUUCAAAGCCCUUCUUGUCAUUCCCAUUUAGCAAACUGGCUAUCCAAGACGACGGUGACUAGUGAGAAAAGAAUUAGAAUUAGAAGCAAAUCGUGACUAUUGGAGUGACGUGGCAAUUUUGUGUGGAGCGAAUAGCGAGAGCAUCGUAGAUCCUUCGCAUUGCGGCUCAGGAAUUUGUAAAUCGGCUUACGCAAAUCCACUAAACUGCGCCAUUUGCACAGACGCAAUCGGUUUUUGUGAGGUCCCUGUUUUUGCGGCGUCCAUUUGCUGCUGCACAAGUGCUUACAGAAAGGGGGUUGAUUUUGCACACCUCGGGCGCCAUUUGUAUUUUUUCAUCUGCACGACACGUCAGCGGGAGCACGCCUAGCCGUGUGAAAACGAAGAGAACUUUGCAAGGGAAAACGCUUCCGAAUCGCGCUGCCAAAGCGAAAAGCAGACCAAAAACCGAGUGGCUUGGUCCGAAGCGCGCUACCAUUUGUGCGAGUCGCAGUUUCUGUGUCGAAAGCAUGGCUGACAACUCCCAGCGCGCUGGCCAGCAGGGGCUGCUGGUAGACGGGAAGGACAAUCGGAAGGCGGCCGAGCUUUGCGUGGAAGGGAACGCAAUGCAUUACAAUAACGUGAAGCGCUACAUGGAUGCGGUGAAGCUGUACAACAGGAGCAUCGCGUACUCGACCAAAGGCUCGCCGCAGCGGGCGCAGGCGUACUGGGAGCGGUCGAAAGUGUGCGUGAAGCUGAACCAGUACGCCGACUGUCAGCAGAACCUCCGGCUGGCGCGCGACAGCGACGGCCCGGGGCUGCUGCGGCGAAAGCUGGACGAGUCGGAACGGUGCGCCCGGAGCAUGCUGCUAAGCGCUACCGACGACGCGACGCCCGGUUCGAGCCGGCACGGGGCGGCCCCGCUCAAGCUGAGCUUCCCCGCCUACGAGAAUGCGCCGCGCGUCGCCAACUGUCUGGAGAUGCGGCGGAGCCCCCAGUACGGCCGGUACCUGCAGACCAACAAGGCCCUGAAGGUGGGCGACGUGGUGAUGAUCGACGAACCGUACGUGUCCGUGCUGGAGCCCGAGUUCUGCUACGCCCGGUGCGACCAUUGCCAGCGCCCAGCGCCCUUCACGCUGAUCCCGUGCGAGCGUUGCACCAAGGCGAUGUACUGCUCCAAGAACUGCCUGAGAAGAGCCCGCACCGAGUACCAUGAGUUCGAGUGUGCGCUGGUGCACCAUCUGACCGAAACGACCCGCGACCCGGUCGUGCUGCUCGCCUGGCGUGCCGUAACCCGGGCGAUCAGUACCUACAGGUACAACCUGCGCCACUUGAAGCAGCGCAGAAACUACCUCUCCCGGACCGAGGUGAAUCCGUUGAUGCUGAACUGGGUGGACGGGCAGAAAAUCGCGUUCAGCGCGGUGUACAUCCUGGCGUCGCUCCCCCGGGCCCCGAACGAUCCGGUGGAGGCGCGCAUCGCCCAGAUCUCGCGGGAAAUGCACUGCCAUCUGGUGAGCGAAAACGGGCAGACCGCAAACGACGACUCGGGCAGCGUGCCGUACCCGUGGGUGGGCGAGAUGUGCUACCGCUUCCUGAAGGUGAUGCAGUGUAACGCACGCCCGGCGCAGCUGACGCGGCGCGACGAGCCCGAGGGCCAGUACCGGGCGGUGCCGUUCGCGCUGCGCUGCCACCCGCUGAUCAGCCUGCUGAACCACUCCUGCGCCCCGAACGUGAAGUGCUUCGAUUUGCGCGACGGCCGCUGUUCCGCGGUCGUGAUCCAGCCGAUCGCUGCCGGGGGCCAGCUGUUCACCAACUAUGGGUACGAUUACUUGCAGACCGGUCGGGACGAGCGCCGGGAGGGUCUGCAGCGCGUUUUCGGCUUCACCUGCAACUGCGACGCGUGCGAGAACAACUAUCCGACGGCCGAGCCGUUCCGUUCGGGGCUCAUGGAUAUAAUCCUGCACACCCGGGACAUGAAGACAGCCUUCCGCAAUAUGGCCAAGCUGCUGGCCGAGGUGAACGAAGGCGUCGGCGAUGGCAGGAUGUGCCACCAGCAGUUGGCCAAGCUGGAGCGUUACUUUCAGCUGCUGUACUGCGAAGUUGUGAAUUGAAUCAUUGAACUAUUGGAUAUUGUUGGACGCGGGAAGGAGAACAUUCAUUGAACUUAUUUCUAGCUUAAACACGCGGCAGGAGGCGAUGGCGAGGGCUGCCUGCACGGUGCCUUACGAUGCGAAGAUUCGAGGAUAGCGAUGCAUCGCUAAAUUUGUUGUUAACGGCAACUCAAUUGCUCAACUGACACCCAAUUGCUCAACUUACCUAAUUGUAAUCGAACUGAAUACACUGAACUUUUAGCUAAUGCUGUCACGCCAUGUAACGAGGGUAGUUGAAUAAAAUUGGUCCCGUACUUUCGACGACCAUCUUCAUCUUUUCAA